AUGCUAGAUUAUAAAAUUGUUGUCCUUGGUGCCGGUGGUGUUGGUAAAUCUUCAUUAACCGUACAAUUUGUUCAAGGUGUUUAUAUUGAUAGUUAUGAUCCAACAAUUGAAGAUUCUUAUAGAAAGCAAAUUGAAGUUGAUGGUCGUGCUUGUGAUUUAGAAAUCUUGGAUACUGCAGGUGUUGCACAAUUUACUGCAAUGAGAGAAUUAUAUAUUAAAUCUGGUAAAGGGUUUUUAUUAGUUUAUAGUGUUAAUGAUGAAAGUUCAUUACAAGAAUUAUUAGCUUUAAGAGAACAAGUCUUAAGAAUUAAAGAUUCAACAAAUGUUCCAAUGGUACUUAUUGGUAAUAAAUGUGAUUUAGUUGAAGAUAGAGUUUUACAACCAGCUGAUGGUAUCAAGAUUAGUGAAAAUUGGGGUAGAGUACCAUUUUAUGAAACAAGUGCAAUGCAUAAAACUAAUGUUGAUGAAUCAUUUAUUGAUGUUGUUAGACAAAUAAUGAGAAAUGAAUCAUUAGAAGCUCAAUCAAAAGAACAAGAACUUAAUAAUAAUUCCAAUACAAAUCCAAAUACUCCACAAAAUGGUGUAUUAAACUCACAAAGUCCAAGAAAUCAAACUCAAAGAACUACUUCAUCUUCACAAUCAAUACAACAAACCCCAAUACAGCAUAAAAACUCUUCAAUAAAUGUAUCAAAUAAUAAUGGUUCAAGACAAAAAGUUAAUCCAAAACCUUUAGGUAAAGUUUCAAAUGGUACUAAUGGUAAUCAAUCACAACCUAAAAAGAAAAAGAAGAAAUCAAGUUGUACAAUUUUAUAA